UCAUUUUGUUGGCACUGCACAAAGUCUGUCUGCUUUACAUGGUCGCCAUGUUGGCUGACUCCAAAGAUCCUGAAAGAAGAGAGGACUGACAAGCUAACAUUAGCCUCAACAUAAGAUGCUAACACCAUCGGCUCGAAUAGAAAACGGGAAAUCUGUUCCAGGAAAACUUCACAGAACCUGAAAUUUGGAAAAUCAUACUGCGUACAGUAAAACACAGAUUGCGCAGCACUGCACAGAGGAAGAUGCAGUUCACACCAGAGCUGAGCUGUCCUGCAGUCAAACUUUCCAAUGGUCUGCAGAUUCCAAUACUUGGAUUAGGCACAUCACAUGAUGGUGGAUACUCCCAUGAUGCCGUUGUGUAUGCACUCACUGAGUGCGGCGUGCGCCACAUUGACACAGCAAAACGGUACGGCUGUGAGGAGGAGCUGGGUGAGGCUAUCAGAGAAAGUGGGAUACCACGAAGCGAUCUGUGGGUCACCAACAAGCUGUGGCCCGGGGACUACGGAUACAAAGCUGCAAAGAAAGCAUGCCUUGACUCCCGCUCACAGAUGGGAGUGGAAUAUUUUGAUCUGUUCCUGAUGCACUGGCCAGAGUCAUCACGACCUGGUUGCUCCAACAGGGAGAUGAGAGCUGAGACCUGGAGAGCUUUAGAGGAACUCUAUAAAGAAGGUGCGUGUCGUGCUAUUGGAGUGAGCAACUUUCUGGUCCACCACCUGGAUGAGUUAAAGGAAGACUGUAGUGUUGUGCCACAUGUUAACCAGGUGGAGUACCAUCCUUUCCAACAGCCCAAGCAGCUGAUAAAGUACUGUCGUCAGGAGGGGAUUGUGUUUGAAGGGUACAGUCCUCUGGCUAAGGGUCAAGUCUUCAGCAACCCAACUGUUCUCCAGAUAGCAGAAAAAUACCAACGCACACCUGCUCAGAUCUGCAUCCGCUGGAGUAUUCAGAAUGGAGUUGUUACUAUACCAAAAUCCAUCAAAAAGAAGAGGAUUCAAGAAAACUGUCAAGUGUUUGGGUUCCAGCUGGAGCAGUCAGACAUGGCCACUUUGGAUAGCUUGCAUGAUGGGAGACAUGUGACCUGGGAUCCAACAAACGUGGAGUAAAAAUGUGAGAAAACUCAGUGUGUUUGUCUUGGAUCUUGAAAACUUGAUAUCUUGAAAUUGUAAUAUAAUAAGUACUUUAUAAUUAGUACUCUAUUCAUUAGCAGUGUGUCACAGUUUGAGAGACUUUUUAAGUGCCAAACUUUAUAUAAAUAUCUACUUAAUUAUUUUUAAUAAUGCAAGAGUGAACAGAUGUUACAAUCAUAGAUAAUUUUAACAGAAAGAAUCCUUUGUAAAUACUGAAUAUUUGCCUUGGUUGAAAUAAAGUUGUCACAGUGUGAUGGCACGGAACAAUAAAUCUUGCAGUAUUUCGAAUUAUUUUUUUUUUCUUCUUCCCAAAUGAUCGCAUUUUUCACUGUCUGAACAUACCCCAAAACUCAUGAAACUUUAAAUAUAAGUCACACCUGGCGAAAUUUUUUAUAAUCUAUUGUCAUCCUGAAUUUCCACCACUAGGUGGCGCUAUAUUAAAGGAAAGUGCAUUUUGGCUAAUAACUCUCACAUACUUUAUCACACAUUCAAAAACCUUAUAUCCACGCGUUCACUGAGUUGUGCUGAAUCUCGUGAUAUAGGCCACGCCUAGAGUUUUUUUUGCAAUUUCGCGAAAUGUCGUAAACC